AUGUACCGAGAACAUAUAGUAAUGUUGCAACCAAGAGCGUAUGGUUAUGAUGGUCCAGCAGGAGUGAUCAAUCCUGCUUUGGCUGGCCUGACUGGACUACCUGCUGGAGCUAUGUCACGAGGGUCUAGUGCUUUGGAAGACCCGUCUUUGGCUGGGCUGAGUGUACGUGCUCCAGCCAGGGCACUGGGACCUAGUCCUUUGAAAGAAGAACCAGAUGUAGUAGGGAGAAGUUCUUCUCUAGGCACAGGUGCUAGUAUUCCAGAUGUUGAGCGCCACAGCUCACUUCCAAACUUUGAUGGGCCCUCAGAAGAUGAAUCCAACAUUCUUUUUGUCGAUUGUCUUCCUACUGAUUGCACAAGGAGAGAAGUUGCUCAUUUGUUCCGUGUUUUUCCUGGCUUCAAGGACAUCAGAGUAGUGCACAAGGAGCCCAGACGUAGUGGUGACAAGGCUUAUGUUCUGUGCUUUGUGGAGUUUGAGAAUGCAAAAUGUGCACGCGGUCCUAUGAAAGAGUUACAAGGGUACUGCUUUGAUGACCGGAAGCCUGACGGCCCUUGUCUUAAGAUCCAAUUCGCAAGUAUUCUGAGAAAUGAGGAUGACACCUUGUCGUGGUGCCGAUCUGAUCCCACUACCUCCACCAAGGUCCAGACUCCAGAGCUGUCACUCUUCAGGCAAGUGAGCAAGUUGCUGUCCGGCACAAAAGCCUUCGCCAGAUGUCACGGUCACUCAGCUCCUCAUCCGUGCGAAUCUGAAGGCGGCGUGCGGACGACGGAGAGGUCAGCGGCGACCCCGGGUCGGCGAGGAGGACCUGCUUGUCCGGCGCAUCCCGCCGUCGCCGUCACUCUGGACCGGAAACUCGCCGGAGUCUUGUGGUCCGGGGAGUGCCGGAAAAUCUCGCCGCAGUUUCCAGGCUACCCGUAUCCGUCGCCAAGUGCCAACGUGUUUGCCGUGGCUAUUCAGCAGUCUCCGGUGGCAUGGUGGCGUUUUGCUUGUGACUGGCCGUCCCUGUUCCUGUUGGCUGCUGCAGUGUUGCUGAUACGGCGGCGGCGGCGCUCUGGGCGCCCAAUCCGGGAGUCCGGAGGUUGGAGAUUGGAAUGGUGCAGGCCUGUCAUUGGCACGAAAGCUAUCUGCUGCCGUCCAUGCCAGGGCAGAGGGCACACUGACGCUUCCAGGAUCUACACAAGAUUUGAGAAUAACGCAGAGAGGAGGAAAAGUAAGCACAAGUUCAGAAAAGCAGAGCCUCAAAAGGAGAGGAGAGGAAGUACUCCGACGCACAGCGGGACGUUCAAGGACGGGGAUCUGCUCGUCAACAAGGACGGCCUCCGCAUCGUCUCGCAGAGUGAGGGAGGCGAGGCUCCUCCUAUAGAGCCACUGGAUAGUCAACUGAGCUUAGAUGAUCUAGACGUUAUAAAAGUGAUCGGGAAAGGUAACAGCGGAAAUGUGCAAUUGGUCCGCCACAAAUUUACUGGCCAGUUUUUUGCUCUGAAGGUUAUUCAACUAAAUAUUGAUGAGAGUAUACGCAAACAGAUUGCCAAGGAGUUGAAAAUAAACUUAUCAACACAGUGCCAAUAUGUCGUUGUGUUCUAUCAGUGCUUUUAUGUCAAUGGCGCCAUUUCUAUUGUUUUGGAGUACAUGGACGGUGGUUCUCUUGCCGAUUUCCUAAAGACUGUUAAAACCAUUCCAGAGGACCACCUUGCUGCAAUUUGUAAGCAGGUAUUAAAAGGACUGAUACACUUGCAUCAUGAGAGGCACAUUAUACACAGAGAUCUGAAACCAUCAAAUAUAUUGAUAAAUCAUAGGGGUGAAGUAAAAAUAUCAGACUUCGGUGUAAGUGCCAUUAUUUCUAGUUCCUCUGGACGAGAUACAUUUACCGGCACAUACAACUACAUGGCGCCUGAAAGAAUCAGUGGCAAGAAGCAUGGCUACAUGAGUGAUAUCUGGAGUUUGGGGUUAGUGAUUCUGGAAUGUGCAACAGGAAUUUUUCCAUUUCCUCCUCGUGAAAGCUUUUACGAACUACUUGAAGCUGUUGUUGAACAUCCGCCACCAUCUGCACCAUCAGAACAGUUUUCUCCGGAAUUCUGCUCGUUCAUUUCUUCAUGUAUCCAGAAGGAUGCUAAUGAUAGAAAAUCAGCACAAGUCUUAUUAGAUCAUCCGUUCCUCAGCAUGUACGAUGACCUGCAUGUUGAUCUUGCUUCCUACUUUACUACUGCCGGAUCUCCACUCGCCACCUUCAAGUAA